CAAUUCCAGCUCAAUGCUGCACGGAAUCUCCUCUUCCCAUCCCCCAAAACUCUCCCAAAACCGCGUAUAAAAAGCGAGCUCCCCUAUCACCUUCUCCAUCGCAUCAUCCCUCCCCCAAAUUCCCCAACUCCGGGCCUCCGGCAAGCCAAGAAACCCCCAACCCAACUCCGGCGAUGGCGUCGCAGCUGGUGGAGGAGCACCGGUCGGGCGCGGAGGUCCACACGGGGCACGAGCUCUGCGAGCGGAAGGCCCGGGAGCUGCUGGUGGAGCUCGGCCUCCCCGACGGGCUCCUCCCGCUGCCGUCCCUGGAGGAGGUCGGGUACAACCGCGCCGCCGGGUUCGUGUGGCUCCGGCAGACCCAGGCGGGCGGCGCCACCCACACGUUCGACACCAUCGGGAAGCAGGUGUGGUACGCGGGCGAGGUGACGGCGUUCGUGGAGCAGGGGCGGAUGCACGGCGUCGCCGGGGUGAAGAGCAAGGAGCUCCUCAUCUGGGUCUCCAUCUCCGAGAUCGUCCUCAGCCCCUCCGGCACCAAGCUCGUCUUCCGCACCCCGGCCGGCCUCGGCCGCGCCCUCCCCGUCACCGCCUUCCAGCUCAACCCGGCGCCCCCGGAGCCGGAGAAGAAGGACGCCGCCGCCGCCGACGAGGCCGACGCCGCCGCCACCAACUGAUCCAAGAAGACAUGGGCGUUGCGUUUUAGCAGCGGUAAGUAAGUAGUGAGAUCCGGGCCGUCGUGGUGAAAAAGAUUGUAGUUGUUGUUAUAUGCUUGGAAUUCGUGAGCCUACGAGCUCGAUCUGAUCUCCCAUCUCUCUCCAGUCUCCAGUGUGUCUGUCCAUGGAUGAUGCUGAAAUAAAUAUAUGUUCUUGUGGAUUCCUAAUUGCAGUUUA